GAUGGCUAUGAUGGUUCCCCCCCAAAUGAAUCCAAAAUAUAAAACGUCUCUUUGUAAGCAUUGGACUACAACAGGAAAUUGUAGUAUUGGAUCUAGAUGUCAUUUUGCUCAUGGAGAAAGGGAAUUACGUAAUCCUAAUGAUGUAUAAAAUAUAUUCAUGAAUUUAUUUAGCCAUUACCAUAAUUACCAAGUCAAAAUUUAUAAGAUCCUAAACUUCUAUAAGUUUAUUUUUCUGGCAGUUUGGGAAUUCAUAAUUAUAAAACUACAUUAUGCAAAUAUGCCAGCAAUAACACUUGCAGAUAUUAAGAAAUGUGUCAUUAUGCACAUUCUCCAGAAGAAAUGAUUCCAUUUGAGAAGGUGAGAAAUGUUACUACACAAGUCUUGAUUUCAAACUAUGUCUCUUUGAUCAAGAGUCAUUAUUUAUUAAAUAGUCAUNUAAUAAAUAAAGAAUUCAAAGAAUUGAACUUUAGAUGCUGCUUUCUAUAAAUAAUCAUUUUAUUUCAACCUUUGGAUCUUUAAUAUUAUUUAUUGUAUUGGAUAUAAGUUAAAAUUAAUUCCAAUCUUAAUAAUCUAAAUAUAUAAGUAAAUUCAAUUAUAGAAGGUUUAAACAAAUUAUCAAAGUCUUUUUGA